AUGAAAUCGCUAGGCGUGUCUCCAUCUGUGAGAACUUUCAAUAGUCUUUUCUUGGUCUUGCUUAAACGAGGAAAGACCAAUAUGGUCAAGAGCAUGUUUGAUGAUAUGCUACACACUUAUGGUGUUUUUCCUGAUACGUAUACUUUUAACAUUCUGAUUAGAGGGUUCUGUAAGAAUACCUUGGUUGAUGAGGGAUUUAGGUUCUACAAUCAGAUGGUGGAAUCAAAAUGUGAUCCUGAUGUUGUUACCUAUAACACGCUUAUGGAUGGGUUGUGUAGAGUAGGCAAGGUACAGACCGCACAUAAUGUGAUGAAGGGGAUGAAUAAGAAAGGUAGGGAUGUGAAACCUGAUGUUGUUACUUAUACAACUUUGGUAAGAGGUUAUUGCAUGAAACUGGAGAUCGAUGAGGCUAUGGCGGUUUUCGAGGAGAUGGUUGAGAGGGGGUUGAAACCAAAUGAUAUUACUUUUAACACACUAAUUAAGGGGCUCUGUGAGGCGCAGAAGUUUGACAAGAUCAAAGAGGUUCUCGAGGGUGCCUUAGGUGGUGGAGGUUUUACUCCUGAUACUUGUACUUAUAAUACACUAUUGUAUACACAUUGCAAUGCGGGGAAUCUUGACGAUGCAUUGAAUGUGUUUGAGAAGAUGAUGGAAUUAAAAGCUCAACCUGAUUCUGCUACGUAUAGUGUUCUGAUCAGAAACUUAUGCAAGAAGAAGGAUUUUGAGAGAGCAGAGAAACUUUUUGAUAAGCUUUUCGAAAAGAAGAUUCUAGUGAAUGACAAUGGCUGUACUCCUCUUGUUGCAGCUUAUAGCCCAAUUUUUGAGUUCUUGUGUAAAAGUGGCAAGACUUACAAGGCGGAUAGAGUGUUCAGGCAGCUGAUGAGGAGGGGAACACAAGAUCCUUCUUGUUACAAGACUUUGAUCAUGGGGCACUGCAGGGAAGGUGAAUUUGAAGCUGGUUAUGAACUUCUGGUGUUGAUGCUAAGAAGAGGCUUCCUCCCUGAAUUCGAAACUUAUCAGUCAUUAAUUGAUGGCUUCUUGCAGAAAGGGGAACCCGUUCUGGCUCAGCAGACACUAGAAAUGAUGUUAAAGAGCAGUUACCUACCUACAGCAGCUACUUGUCACUCUAUACUAGCACUACUACUGGAAAAGGGGUGUACUCAUGAAUCAGCUAGGUUUAUUAAACUGAUGCUGACGAGGAAGAUUAGGCAAAAUAUACAACUUUCUACGGAAACUGUGAGGUUACUGUUUAGCAGGGGACAGAGAGAUAAUGCAUAUCAGAUUACUGAUCUACUCAAUGAAAACGGUUACAUAAUCGACAUGGAGAAAGUGAUAAGUUUUCUUUGCAGAAGUGCAAAGCUGUUGGAGGCACAACAGAUGAUGCUAUUUUGGUUGGAUAAGGCUGGUAAGCAUCACUUGAUUGACGUUAGCACUUGCAACGCCAUCAUUGAGGGUCUCUGCAAGAAGAAGAGGCUUUCUGAGGCAUUUCAGUUGUUUGUAGCUUUGGUGGAGAAAAACAAACAUAGAGAGCUGAUCUGUGCAGAAGAAUUAGCUGCUGCUUUAGGUGCCAAGGGACAAGUAGAAGAAGCUAGCUUCAUAAAUAAGAGGAUGCAAAACCAGUGGGAGUCGGUUAAAUUUCAAACACCUCUGGAAGUUGCUGAGACAUGA